UUAAUUGCUAUAAGGUCUGUUUAAUCACGAACGCUGCAUCAUGAUUGUCGCUGCGGCGAGUCACGACGUUGCAAUGUAUGCACGUUGCAGUGGAUGUGCUGUCAAACCUAGAUCGAAACUCCAACUCUUAUCCAGACAAGAUAUUAACAACUCGGCUUUUCUCCAAUCAAGACAACAUAUCAGUACGCUGAGUAUGGAUGAGUGAGACCCGGUGACAUGAAUGAAUGAAACUGUCGCAGUCGGGCCGGAGCCGCGGAUAGCUGGACAACACAUCAUCGUUCUCUCUUUGAGGGGAAGUUCCUGAAUAAUUGGGCGUCAAGUAAUCUCCACACACUCUCAAGAAGCUUCCCCUCCUCACCGGCAUACUGCAGCUGUCGCAAAGUGGUCUCUCUCCAAUUUCCGGAAAUGUAUGGGAUAUUCGAGUUUUGUCUUCGAGAUAUAACCUAUACCCGAGUGAAGCGAUUGUGAUGCUUCGAGCGUAAUUAUAAAAGACGUGCAAUUACGCCCCUUUCCAAUACAUUUUCUAACUCCGCCAUCCACCCUACCUUGUUAACUCGUAUAGUUACUACUAAACCUCAAAUCUUCACCAUGCUUGCCCGUCUGUCUAUCAUUGCCCUUACCCUGACGUUGGCGGUGGCACGUCCCGCCCACUUCGAGACGGACCCUAUGUUGCAGGUCGGCGAGAAGGCUGCUUCAUCUUACGCAGAGAGCAAGAGAGCCCAUUUCGAAACCGACCCGAUGCUGCAAGUUGGAGAGAAGGCUGCUUCAUCUUACGCCGAGAGUAAGAGGGCUCACUUCGAAACCGAUCCAAUGCUGCAAGUCGGCGAAAAAGCUGCGUCAUCCUACGCAGAGAGCAAGAGAGCUCAUUUCGAGACGGACCCUAUGCUGCAGGUCGGCGAGAAGGCUGCUUCGUCCUAUGCAGAGAGCAAGAGGGCUCACUUUGAGACCGACCCGAUGCUACAGGUUGGUGAGAAAGCUGCUUCUUCUUACGCAGACGCCUAUAAGAGGGCUCAUUUUGAGACGGACCCCAUGCUGCAGGUCGGCGAGAAAGCUGCCUCCUCUUACGCAGACUCCUACUAGAUAGGGAUGGAUGCUGCGGCGCAAUAUGACGAAACACUCUCAUAGCAUAUCAUAUGGAUAGUGGAGAUAAUUGACUCGAGUUGUGUGGUUCGAUGCAGACUGCAGAUCAGAAUGUCUAUACUACUUAUGUUCCGUACCAUUCUGGCAAACCUUAUCAAUGACCCCGUGCAUUUAUCCCUUG